AUCGCAUCGCAACCUCACAACACAGCUCACUAUUAGUGCACUACGACACUCUUGAAGUUAGCCAGCUGCUACUUGCUCCCCGGCGGCUUCCCAGUGUUCCGGAGAUGGCGGCGGCGGCGGGCGGAGGCGGGAGGCGGUACGCGCUGCUGCUGGCGCUGAGGGACUCGGAGUACGCCAGGAAGCUGUACGGCGGGUACUACAACGUCUUCGUCGCCGCGCUGGGCGGCGAGGGCGAGAGGUGGGACAGCUUCCGCGUGGUGGACGGCGAGUUCCCCGCGCCGGAGGACCUGGCGAGAUACGACGGCUUCGUGGUCAGCGGCAGCCCGCACGACGCGCACGGCGACGACGCCUGGAUCCGCCGCCUGUGCGCGCUGAUCCGGACCGUCCAUGCCAUGAAGAAACGGGUCCUCGGCAUCUGCUUCGGACACCAGGUUUUGUGCCGAGCAUUGGGGGGAAGGGUGGGCAAGGCGUGCGGCGGAUGGGACGUCGGGGUGAGGAAGGUGACCUUCGUGCAGCACCCGGAGGGCUUCGAGUUCCACCGGGAUCUCGAGGUCGAGCGGCUCCCCCAGAGCGCCUCCAUCAUCGAGGUGCACCAAGACGAGGUGUGGGAGAUCCCGCCGCGGGCGAGGGUGCUGGCCUACUCGGAGAAGACGAGCGUGGAGGCGUUCGCGGUGGGGGAGCACGCGCUGGGCAUCCAGGGACACCCGGAGUACACCACCGACAUCCUCCACAACCUCAUCGACCGGCUCACCAACGAGAACGCCAUCCAGAGGUGCGUGGGCGAGGACGCGCGGCGGACGGCGGCGGAGACCGGCGGGCCGGACCGCAGGUUCUGGACGGCGCUCUGCAAGGGCUUCCUCGGGGGCGGAGGAGCAAGCAGCCGGCCGCCGCAUGUGCCGAUGCGCGAGUCGCCGGAGGUGAGCAGCCGCGCCGUCAUCGGCUGCUUCGCCGCCGCUCCGAUGGCGCCCCAGCUGGCUUGCAGCGCUAGUACCAGCAUCAAUUAGGUGGCUAGGGCUGCUGCACGUACGUAGUGAGUACGUACUACCUUUUCACUGCAUGAUUGGUGAGGCCCAGCUCCGGCAUUCUUGCACGCGUUACACUGUGCUGCAGCUCUCGCUGCAUGAUUGGUGAUGUACUAUUUGAAUUUUGAUGCCACGUGAACGGGACAAACAAAAUUACUAGCCGUUUUUGAUAUCUUACA